GGCUGCCAAACGCUUCCUCCCACCAAAUUAAAUUUGAAUCUCACUCCCUCUCUCUUUUCUACUUCUUAAAACAUAUUCCAGAAUGCUUUAAACCCCAUUUUGAAUUUAAAUUAAUUUAAUUAUCCUGUUUUCUUUUCUUUUUUAUAUUAUUCUCUUCUCUUCCUCUGAUUCUUUCCAAGCUUCUAAACUAAAGCUAAUUUCCUGUAUCUUUGCUUCUCUCUCUCUCUUCCUGUUUUCCUCUCUUUUGGUGGCGAUGGGUUGCGUUUCAUCUAAUUUACUGAACCGGGACGACGAGUUUACUCAACUCGGCAGCUCAGCAUUUGGUAACCACAUCGUCUCCCUCACUUCCACCACGUAUGGGCUGCUCACUCUUGAUCCGCCGUCGCAUUCCACUACUACGCCGCCCUCUCCACAGCCAUCUUUCACCUCCGGGUCCACCUUCAGUGAGUCCAAAUCUCUCUGGUCGGAGCCUAGACCCGUCCCUACCCGACCCGAGGUCAUUAACUCUUGGGAGCUCAUGUCCGGUCUCGAUGCCGACAGCUUCCGUUUCUCCCCGAUUCCAAACAAGGAAAACUCAAACCCUAAUGUUGGCAAAAACGGCAGCGUUUCGAAACCGCCGGUUUCCCGAUCUUCGCUGCUGGAUAAAUUCCAGGCUGACAGCUUCCGUUUCCCAAUCACGGUGUUACCCGAAAAGGAAAACGCCGAUCCUAAUUUAAGCAAAAACGGCAUCGUCGCGAAAACUCCUUUUUCGCCGCUACACAAAUUCGAUUCUGGAAGCGACGCCGUUUCGAAACCAUCGCCGCUGGACAAGUUUGAGAAUAUAUGCCCACCGAACGGAGAAAACAGAGUGGUGAUUUAUACGACGACGUUAAGGGGUAUCCGUAAGACGUUUGAAGACUGCAAUGCGGUUAGAUCAACGAUUGAGAGUUACGGGGUUGUUAUAUGCGAACGGGACAUUUCGAUGGAUCGAGGGUUCAAAGAAGAGUUACGGGAAUUGAUGAAAGGGGCGAACCAAACGACGCCGCCUCAGGUUUUUAUUAAGGGAAGGUACAUUGGGGGAGCCGAACAAGUGAUGAAGAUCGUGGACGAAUGUUGGUUUGGGGAUUUAAUUAAUGGGCUGCCGAAGAAAAAAGCAGGGGAGGUUUGUGAUGGCUGUGGAGAUGUGAAGUUCUUGCCGUGUUUUCGUUGCAACGGUAGCUGUAAGAUGGCGGCGGCGGCGGAGGAGGGUAGGAGGACGGUGGUGGUCAGGUGUACGGACUGCAAUGAGAACGGUCUGGUCCUUUGCCCCCUUUGUAGCUGAUAGAUUGUAUGGGUUACUUUUGGUAAUUUAAUAAGUUUUAAUGGUGAAGUGUUUGAGUUCAUGCUUACAUGAUUAGCCUUAUUUGCUGCCCUCUCUUUUUGAUCAAAUCUAUAUAUAUGUUGCCUUUUGUUAAAGUUUUAGUAAUGUUAGCAAUGCGGAUAUUAAGAAGAUUAAUGUGACAAAUUGCUGCUGAAAAUCUUUUUACUA